GAGCUGCAAAAAGUAGUUUAGUGUUCUCUGUCACAUUUUUCUGAAAACAACUUUCGUGAGGUUAAACGUUUGCAGACAAAAUGUCAAUCUUUACUCCAACCAACCAGAUCCGCCUCACCAAUGUCGCGGUGGUGCGAAUGAAGAAAGGAGGGAAGAGAUUUGAGAUUGCCUGCUACAAAAAUAAAGUCAUGAGCUGGAGAAGUGGAGCUGAAAAAGAUCUAGAUGAAGUAUUGCAAACUCACUCUGUAUUUAUGAAUGUAUCUAAAGGCCAGGGAGCUAAAAAAGAAGAUCUUCUCAAAGCAUUCAGCACUGAAGACCAGACAGAAAUCUGCAAGCAGAUUUUAUCUAAAGGAGAACUGCAGGUGUCUGAAAAGGAGCGGAGCACACAGUUAGAACAGAUGUUUCGAGAUAUUGCAACAAUUGUGGCAGACAAGUGUGUAAAUCCAGAGACAAAGAGGCCUUACACUGUUAACCUGAUUGAACGAGCAAUGAAAGAUAUCCACUACUCGGUGAAAGCAACCAAGAGCACCAAGCAACAGGCAUUAGAUGUUAUCAAGCAGCUGAAAGAGACCAUGCAGAUUGAAAGAGCCCACAUGAGACUGCGUUUUAUUGUACCAGCCAAGGAUGGAAAGAAAUUGAAAGAGAAACUGAAGCCUCUAAUAAAGCACAUAGAAAGUGAGAACUUUGAUCAAGAGCUGGAAAUUGUUUGCUUAAUUGAUCCUGGUUGCUUCAGAGAAAUUGAUGAGUUAAUACGCUGUGAGACCAAGGGAAAAGGCACUCUUGAAGUUCUCAGUCUGAAAGAUGUAGAAGAAGGCGAUGAGAAGUUUGAGUGAAGACCAACGUGCUUGUUUUUGCAUUCUCAAAGUUAUUAAAGAACAACUAAAGUCUAAAAUUAA